GUUCGCCCGGGCCGCCGCCGCCGCGGUCCCCUGCGCUCCUCCUCGCUCGCCGCCGCACGCCCCCAGCGGGCCGGCCUGCCCUCUCCGCGGCGACGGCUUCCGCCCCUCGUAGCCACGCUACCGGAGGAAACGGAAGACGCCGCAGGCCAUGGAGGGGAACCGGGAUGAGGCGGAGAAAUGUGUGGAGAUCGCCCGGGAGGCCCUGAACGUCGGCAACCGCGAGAAGGCCCAGCGCUUCCUGCAGAAGGCCGAGAAGCUCUACCCACUGCCCUCGGCCCGCGCAUUAUUGGAAAUAAUCAUGAAAAAUGGAAGCACAGCUGGAAAUAGCGCUCAUUGCCGAAAACCAUCAGGAGGUGGUGAUCAAAGCAAGCCUAAUUGCACAAAGGACAGCACAUCUGGUAGUGGUGAGGGUGGAAAAGGCUAUACCAAAGACCAAGUAGAUGGAGUUCUCAGCAUAAACAAAUGUAAAAAUUACUAUGAAGUACUUGGAGUUACGAAAGAUGCUGGUGAUGAAGAUUUGAAAAAAGCUUAUAGAAAGCUUGCUUUGAAGUUUCAUCCAGACAAAAACCAUGCACCUGGAGCAACAGAUGCUUUUAAAAAGAUUGGAAAUGCUUAUGCUGUUUUAAGCAAUCCAGAAAAACGAAAACAAUAUGACAUCACAGGCAAUGAAGAACAAGCUUGUAAUCACCAAAACAAUGGGAGAUUUAAUUUCCAUAGAGGUUGUGAAGCUGAUAUAACUCCAGAAGACUUGUUUAAUAUAUUUUUUGGUGGUGGAUUUCCUUCAGGUAGUGUACAUUCAUUUUCAAAUGGACGGGCUGGUUACAGCCAUCAACAUCAACAUCAACAUAGUGGCCAUGAAAGAGAGGAAGAAAGAGGAGAUGGAGGUUUUUCUGUGUUUAUCCAGCUGAUGCCCAUUAUUGUAUUGAUCCUCGUGUCAUUAUUAAGCCAACUGAUGGUCUCUAAUCCUCCUUAUUCCUUAUAUCCCAGAUCUGGAUCAGGGCAAAUCAUUAAAAUGCAGACAGAAAAUUUGGGUGUUGUUUAUUAUGUCAACAAGGACUUUAAAAAUGAAUAUAAAGGAAUGUUAUUACAGAAGGUAGAAAAGAGUGUAGAAGAAGAUUAUGUGACUAAUAUUCGAAAUAAUUGCUGGAAAGAAAGACAACAAAAAACAGAUAUGCAGUAUGCAGCAAAAGUGUACCGAGAUGAUCGUCUCCGAAGGAAAGCGGAUGCCUUGAGCAUGGACAACUGUAAGGAAUUAGAGCGGCUGACCAGUCUUUAUAAAGGAGGAUGAACUGGAAUUUUUAUGUAUACCUUUUUCUGUUUUUUCUGUAAGUUUAGUAUCAUCAUGAGAGAUGAAGAAAAAGAUUUGAUAUUAAAAACUAAUCUGAGCUGUUGGUUCCCAAAUCUUGGACUAUUUAUGACCCACUGGCUCCUUUAAAUAGUAAGAAUUGAAAACUAAAAUUAAUAUUUUAGUUAUGCUUCUGCAAUUAUUUUCAUUUUCAAAGCUUAUAUGAUUCCUAACUAAAAAUGUCUGGAGAGAAGAUUGUCACACCUGUAGCAAUUUCCAGUUUUAGUGAUUCUCCAUUUUUCCUUUGUCAUGUAAAUAUUAAUGGAAUGAUCACUUUGUGUACAUAAAGAUUAUUGCCUUUUUAUUUAAAUUCUUUAAUGUUUAGCUCCAUGAGACACUUCAGUAUAAAUUGAUGGAAAAAAAUGUUACAAGACACAAUUACAUUUUUCUUGUCGAGGUGUCAAAUAUGUGGAGUUUAAACAAUGAAACUUUUUCAAAAAGAAAAAACUGUUUAACUUUAUGUAAAAUCUUGUAGCAUUAUCAGCUUAGAGGGAAUUGAUAUUUUUAUUAUUGCCGUUAUAUUCCAAAAUAUAUAUUGAGAUAAAUGAACUGGUGUAGAGUAUCAGUUUACUAUUUAGUUUUAUGAAUUGCUAUACAUAUACAUGCAUAGAAAUGAAAAGCUAUACUGGUAGAUUUUAAGAGAAAUAUGAGGAAAUGGCUAUACAUAUUAAAUUAAAAGGGUCUUCAACAAUAAAGUGCAGUUAUGCCAUUUGCAACUUCCGUAAUUAAAAGGCCCCCCAAAUGUUCAUGUAUAUAUCUUUGAAGGCUGCUAAAAUUUAUUCUUUAUAGAGGACCACCUAUUUUUCUCCCCAUGGAAAUUGCAGUUUGUUAGUGAUCAUUUAAGCAGGAUCCAAAAGUAAAUGGAUUUUUUUUACAAGUAAGUAAUAAGAAUUAUUACUAAAAUACAGCUUUGUGCCUUUAACCCUCCGCCAACUUUUAAACAUAUAAGUAGAUUACAGUACACUUUCUUGAUCAGAGCAUGAUCUGUUUGGCCAAAUGCAACAGAAAAAAGAAAUACAGCAGCAGGUAGAAUAGUUAUUUAAAGCAAGUCGUCCUUAAAAAAUUCUGAGUUAAAAAUCUAUUCAUCAUUGAAUAAUUUUAUUAAUCCUAUAGGAAUAAGAUCCUUAUAAUUAAAUCCAUAAUAAAACUAGAAAAAACAAGCUGGAAAUUGAAGUUUUUGGUGCCUAUGUAUUGGAUGUAAAAGUUUUGAUUUCUUGUCUUCUGUGUUUAACAAUUGUAAUAUUUUAAUGAUUUUACUUCAUACUCAGUUAAUGGAACAUGAACAUAUCUUUGGUGGAUUUUUGGUAGCAUGAAAAUGCUAGAUAGUGGCUUUUUCCUUCUGUUUAAAGGGUUUUUUCUGAAUUUGGUUAAUUUAUGCCAUCUUUUGAAUAAAACUGCUGAAAUGAUCUCUUAAAAAUGCUUUCUUGGAACCCCUUUUCCACGUAAAUCAGUAGAAAUUUUUGAUUGAAUUAGUAGGUUAAACUAAGCAACAUACUGUAUUAGGAAAACUGGACACCUUAACCCACUUGCUUAUAGCAAUGUGACCUU